AUGAAUUCUAAGUCCAUUUCUUAAUCUUCAAAACUAAGAAGUUUAAUUUUAGAUCCUAAAAGUAUCAAUUAACACUUAAUGUGUGCGAUCUGUAAAGAAUUAGUUAUAGAUCCUCGAGAGUGUGGCCGAUGUAAAACACUAUUUUGUUCUAUAUGUAUAAAUACAUAGUUAGAAUAAAAUUGUAUUAAGUGUGAUCUAUUAGAUAGAAACUUGUCAGAAGUGUAGUCAAAACAUUUAAUUGAAUGAUCCUCAUCCAAUUAUCAGAAAUUUAAUCUCUGAAAUACAAAUAAAAUGUACAAAUGAAGGAUGUUCUCAAUAAAUGUAAAUCUCAAAAUUAGAUUCUCAUUUGAAGUAAUGUGAAUAGGAAAAAACUAAAUGUCCUCAUUCUGGUUGUGACUUCAAAGACACUUUGCAAUAGAUGAAGAUUCAUUAAUAUACAUGUGGGUACAGAACUAAAACAUGUUAGAAAUGUAAACUAAUUCAUAAAAUGAAUGAAGGGCAUGAUUGUCUGGAUGUUGUUUUAAAAAAAGUUAAAAUAAUGGAGGAGUAAAUAAAAUAAUAAAACAUAAUCAUAAGUGAUAUAAUGUUAAAGGUUGAAUAAAUUCAUAAAAAAUAAAAUGAUAAAAAUACUAAUUUUUGCUCAAAUGAGUUCGAGUAAAAUUUAGAUACGCCGAAAUCUGAUAAAUGUCAAUAAAACAAUAAAACAUGUAUUUGUAAAAAGGGUGAUGCAUAUUAAUGUAUAGUGUGUAAAUUGUCUGAAUUUCUGUCUCCUUGA